AUGUGGGCUGAAAAUAAUAAACUCUCACUCACUCUUCACAAGCAGUAUCCAACUAGUGGUCUUUGUGGUAACUUCAACAGCAUUCCAGGAGAAGAUAUUAAUGAGCACAUUGACAAUAGUAAAAUUCCUGGUAAUUGUCCCAAAGCUGUUACCAAAAGCUAUCAAGUUUGUGAAGAUGGAGUGCAUCACUGUAACAAAAUUAUUGGAACCUACUUUGAGAAAUGUGGAAAGGUUGGCACUUUAUCCAACAGCUACAAAAUGAUCUGCAUUGAUGAGUACUGCCAAAGUAGAGACAAAAAAUCCACCUGUGACACUUAUGCAGAAUUGUCCCGCCUCUGUUCAUCAGAUGGUCCCGGCGCCUAUGUAUCCUGGAGAGAUGAUCCCGAUGUGGUUUGUGAAAAACCUAGAUGCCCAGAAAAACAUAUCUACAAAGAAUGUGGUCCCUCGAAUCCUGCAACUUGUUCUAAUGUGGCUCCUUUUCAAGGCAUCGAAUGUGUGAGUGGCUGCACCUGCCCAGAAGGUUAUCUAUUGGAUGAUAUUGGAGAGAAAGGGAGAUGCGUGUUGAAGGCUGACUGUCCCUGUGAAUCUAAUGGAAAGGUGUAUCAGCCAGGAGAAAUCCGUGAAGGUUCUUGUGGUUCUCAGUGCACAUGCCAAGAAGCAAAGUGGUCUUGCACUAAAAUGUUAUGUCCUGGAAGAUGUAAGGUGGAAGGAAGUUUGAUUACCACCUUUGAUGGCGUUAAAUACAAUCAUCCUGGAAACUGUCACUUUUUGGCCAUCCAUGAUAAAGAUUGGUCCAUUAGUGUUGAGCUUCGUCCAUGUCCAAGUGGUCAGUCAGGAACGUGCUUAAAUAGUGUUACACUCCUCUUGAAUUCGUCUGUUCCAGUUGAAAAAUACAUAUUCAAUAGAGAUGGAACAGUCACAAAUGACAAGAUUAGAAAUCAAGGUUAUUAUUAUUCAGAAAAAAUACAGAUCUCCAAUGCAUCUUCCUCAUACCUUCAAGCAGAAACAUACUUUCAUGGAAAACUGCAAAUACAAAUUGUUCCUGUGAUGCAAUUAUAUGUUUCCAUGCCACCCAACCAAUUCACAGACACCGUAGGACUCUGUGGUUCCUACAACAACAGAGCAGAGGAUGAUUUCAUGUCAAGUCAGAAUAUAUUAGAGAAGACAUCUCAGGCAUUUGCUGAUUCUUGGGAAAUGAUGCCUUGUCCUAAAGGAAACACUGCUUCAUGCAUCAGUAUAGAAAAAGAAAGGUUUGCUGAAAGGCACUGUGGAAUUCUUCUUGAUUUGGGUGGGCCUUUUGCUUCCUGCCAUUCAGUUGUGGACCCUAAACCAUAUCAAGAGGAAUGCAUAAAAUAUACUUGUGCUUGUGAAAAUAGUCAAGACUGUCUGUGCACGAUUUUAGGCAACUAUGUGAAAGCAUGUGCUGAGAAGGAAACUUACAUGAUAGGAUGGAGAGCUGGGCUUUGUGAUCAAUCUUGUCCAAGUGGCCUAGUUUUCAGGUACAAUGUUAAAACCUGCAAUAGUUCCUGCCGAUCAUUGUCAGAGAGAGAUAGGAGCUGCGAUAUGGAAGAUGUUCUAGUUGAUGGAUGCACUUGCCCUGAUGGAAUGUACCAGACUAAUGAAGGAAAUUGUGUUCCAAAAUCUCAGUGUGACUGCUACAUAAAUGACGAGGUCAUGCAACCAGGCAAACUCAUCCAUAUUGAUGACAAUAAAUGCGUAUGUCGAGAUGGAAUUCUUCUUUGCCAGACUCCCAUUGAUUUAACACUACAGAAUUGUUCUAGAGGGGCUGAAUAUGUUGACUGUAGGAAUCCUAAGGCACAGAGAAGAGUUGACAGUAUCUGUAGCACUCGGAACAUACCUAGUUUUGAAGAGAACUUGCCUUGCAAGCGUGGAUGCUACUGUCCUGUAGGAAUGGUUCGAAAUUCUAAAGGGAACUGUGUCUUCCCUGAUGACUGCCCAUGUUCUUUUGGUGGACAAGAGUAUGACCAAGGAAGUGUCACCUCGGUUGGCUGCAACAAAUGUACUUGCAUAAAAGGAUCUUGGAACUGUACACAAAAUGAAUGUCAAACCACCUGCCAUAUCUAUGGGGAAGGGCAUGUUAGAUCUUUUGAUGGAAAAAGUUACAGCUUUGAUGGUCUCUGCCAGUAUUCAUUUAUCGAGGAUUAUUGUGGUCGUGAAAAUGGCACAUUCCGUAUUUUAACUGAAAGCAUCCCGUGUUGUGAAGAUGGACUUACAUGCUCAAGAAAAAUUAUAGUUGCUUUUCAGGAUCAGAAUAUUGUCUUGCAAGACGGUAAAAUCACAGCAGUCAAAAAUACAGAAAGUAAGGAAUGUGAACUCAGUGGAAAUUCAUACUCUGUUCAUACCGUUGGCCUGUACUUGAUUUUGAAAAUUUUAAGUGGAAUAACCAUAAUUUGGGACAAAAAUACAAGAAUUUCUGUGUUAUUGGAUCCACGCUGGAAUGGCAAAGUGUGUGGUCUUUGUGGAAAUAACAAUGGCGAUCUUAAGGAUGAUUUCACAACGAGAUACUCAUCAGUAGCUGCUGGAGCACUGGAAUUUGGAAAUAGUUGGAAAACAAGUCAAGAAUGUUCAGACACAGUAGCUCAAACCUUCCCAUGUGACUCAAACCCAUACUGUAAAGCUUGGGCUGUGCGGAAAUGUGAGAUCAUCCGGGACAGCACCUUCAGAGACUGCCACAAUAAGGUGGACCCCAGUACGUACUAUGAUGCAUGUGUUGAAGAAGCUUGUGCAUGUGACAUGGAGGGGAAGUACCUGGGAUUCUGCACAGCUGUGGCGAUGUACGCAGAAGCAUGCAGCGCGGUUGGAGUCUGUGUUACAUGGAGAAAACCAGAUCUCUGUCCUGUCUACUGUGAUUAUUAUAAUGCACCUGGGGAAUGCAGCUGGCAUUAUGAACCUUGCGGUACACUGACUGCAAAAACAUGCAAAGAUAGAGUAAUUGGCCAGAAGUUUUCUGCAGUUUUAGAAGGCUGUUAUGCUAAGUGUCCGGACAGUGCUCCCUUCCUGGAUGAGAACACCAUGAAAUGCGUCAGUUUGUCUGAGUGCAGCUGCUUCUAUAAUGACAUCAUACCUGCUGGUGGAGUGAUCCAAGAUAACUGUGGGAGAACAUGCUAUUGCAUCGCAGGAGAGUUGGAGUGCAGUGAAACUGCUCCUACAAAUUCAACAUUUACAGUUUCUACUACAACAGCUACCUCCAUACUAAGUGCUGAAGCAGCAAUUACACUGGUGACCAAUAGCUCAGGCACAGCAGCUUCCAUUCCAGAGAUUACUACAUCAAGCAGUAUUACUAGAACUCCAGUGCCUAUCACCUCCACAGCUGGAAGUGUGGGCACCACAGGAGCAGUGGGCCCCACCUUCACCAGUCCUGGGCUCAUAUCAGGGUCAACUGGAGGAUCAGUAAGUGCAACCACAGGCACUGAAGAUGGAAGCACAAGUGACGUAGUUUUCAGAGGACCCCAGGAGUAUCAGAGGGUUUCACAACCACUCAUGGAAGCAAGAGCACAAGUGGAGACUCACCUACGCCAGGCACAACCCCGGGAGGCCAAGCAGGAACAACUGGAGGGGAAAAUGCUGCCAUCACUGGAGCUGCUGGUGAAAACACUUCUGGAGCAGCAGGUACUAAAUGAACAUAAUCAGAAUAAAACCAGACAAUGGAAAUUGACAGAGACAACUGGACCAUCAACAGAAGAAUCAGGAACCACUAAACGAUCAAAUGAAGUCUCAGGAAAAAUAGUGCCAUUAACUGAAGGAUCAAGGAUAACUGUGCAAUCAAUUGGAGUUACAGGGACUACUGGAUCAUCAACUGAAGAAUCAGGGACAACAGUACCAUCAACUGGAGUGACAGGGACUACUGAAACAUCAACUGGAGGAUCAGGAACAACUGGAUCAUCAAUUGGAGUAUCAGGGGCUACUGGACCAUCAACUGGUGAUUCUGGGGCAACUGCAUUAUCAGCUUUAGGUUCAAAGACAAGUGAACGAUCAGUUAGAGGAUUAAGAACCACUGAGAUAUCAGAUACAGUGACAGGAACAUAUGAACCAUCAAUGAGAACAUCAGGGACAACUGGAAAAUCUAGGUCAAUUGGACCAUCUGUUGUAGGGUCAGAGACAACCACUCCAUUAUUUGGAGCAACAGGGACUACUAUUAUUGGAAAAGGAACCAGUUUAUGGUCAUCUGGAGGAUCAGGGAUCACUGGAUCAACACCUGGAAAUUCAACAACAACUGGACCAAAUGUUGUAGGUUCAGAGACAAGUUCACCAUUAUCUGGAGCAACAGGGACCACUGUUAUAAGAUCAGGGACCAGAUUACCCUCAUCUGGAGCAUCUUGGACCCCAAGACCAUCAACUGGAGGAUCAGUAACAACAGGACAAUCUGGUGUAGUUUCAGAGACAAAUGUACCAUUAUCUAGAGCAACAGGAAACAUAGUUACAGAAUCAGGAAUGGGUUUACCCUUACCUAGAGCAUCAGGGAAACCUGGAUCAUCACUUGGAGGAUCAGCAGCAACUGGACCACCUGGUAUUGGUUCAGAGACAACUGCAGCAUUAUCUGGAACAACGGGAACUGCAACUAUAGCAUCAGGAGCAAGCUUAUCAUCAGUUGAGGGAUCAGGGACCACUAGACCACUACCUGGAAGAUCAGGGACAAGUGGACCAACUAGUCUAAGUUCAGAGAUAUCUGUGCCAUUAUCUGCAACAACAGGAGCUAAUGUUAUAGGAUCAGGAACAGUUUUACCCUCGUCUGGAGCAUCAGGGACCCCAGGAUCAUCACCUGCAGGAUCAGCAGCAACUGGACCACAUGGUGUUGGUUCAGAGACAACGGCACCAUUAUCUGGAGCAACAGGGACCGCUGCUAUAAGAUCAGGAACUGGUUUAACAUCGGUUUUAAAAUCAGGGACCACUAGAUCAAUACAAGGAAGAUCAGGGACAACUGGAACACCUGCUGUAAGUUCAGAGACAACUACACCAAUAUCUGGAACAAGACGAACUGCAACUAUAGGAUCAGGUAACAGUUUACCAUCAGUUGAAGGAUCAGGGAGCACUAGAUCUCUACCUGGAGGAUCAGGGACAAGUGGACUACCUAUUGUAAGUUCAGAGAUAACUGAACCAUUAUCUGGAGCAACAGGGACUAGUGUUACAGGAUCAGGAACCAGUUUACCAGUAUCUAGAGCAUCAGGGACCCUUCGAUCAUCAACUGGAGAAUCAGCAGCAACUUCAUCACUUGGUGUUGGUUUGGAGACAACAGCAACACUAUCUGGAGCAACAGGGACUGCUGCUAUGGGAGCAGGAACCAGUUUACUCUCAGCUGAAGAAACAGGUACCACUAGAUCAAUUCCUCAAGAAUCAGGGACAACUGUAGUACCUCGUGUAGGUUCACAGACAACUGCAGCAUUAUCUGGAAAAACAAUAACUGCAGUUAUAGGAUCAGCAACAAGUUUACCAUCAGUUGAGGGAUCAGGGACCACUAGAUCACUACCUGGAGGAUCAGAGAGAAGUGGACCAACUGGGGUAAGUUCAGAGAUAACUGUGCCAUUAUCUGGAACAAUAGGGACUAAUGUUAUAGGAUCAGAAACCAGUUUAACCUCAUCCAGAACAUCAGGGACAUGUGGAUUGUCAACUGGAGGAUCAGCAGCAAGUGAACCACCUGGUACUGGUUUGCAGACAACAGCAUCAUUUUCUGGAGCAACAGAGACCACUCCUAUAGGAUCAGGAACCAGUUUAUCCUCAUCUGGAACAUCAGAGACACGUGGAUCAUCUAUUGGAGGAUCAGCAACUGGAUCACCUGAUAUUGUUUCAGACACAACUGCCCUAUUAUCUGGAGCAGCAGGGACUGCUGCUAUAGAAUUAGGAACCAGUUUACCUUCAUCUGGAGUAUCAGAAACCCCUGGAUCAUCACCUGGAGGAUCAUUAGCUGCUGGUCUUGGUUCAGAGACAACUGCACCAUUAUCUGGAGCAACAGGAAUUGCCACUAUAAGACCAGGAACCGGUUUACACUCAUCUGGAACAUCAGGGACCCCUUUAUCAUCUCCUGGAGGAUCAGCAACAAGUGGACCACCUGGUAUUGGUUCAGAGACCACUGAACCAUUAUCUGGAGCAAGAGGAGCUGCAACUAUAGGAUCAGGAACCAGUUUACCAUCAGUUGAGGGAUCAGGGACCACUAGAUCACUUCUUGGAGGAUCACGGACAAGUGGACAACCUGGUGUAAGUUCAGACAUAACUGUGUUAUUGUCUGGAACAACAGGGUCUAAUGUUAUAGAAUCAGGAAGCAGUUUACCCUCAUCUGGAACAUCAGUGAACCCUGGAUCAUCACCUGGAGGAUCAUCAGCAACUGGACCACCUGAUGUUGUUUCAGAGAAAACAGCACCAUUUUCUGGAGCAUCAGAGACUGCUGCUUUAGGAUCAGGAACCAGUUUACCCUCAUCUGGAGCAUCAGGGACCACUGGACCAUCACGUGGAGGAUCAGCAGCAACUGGAUCACAUGUUAUUGUUUUGGAGACAAAUGCAGUGUUAUCUGGAGCAACAGAAACUGAAGUUAUAGGUUCAGAAACCAGUUUACCAUCAGUUGAGGGAUCAGGGACCACUAGAUCACUACCUGGAGGAUCAGGGACAAGUGGACUAACUGGUUUAAGUUCAGAGAUAACUGAGCAAUUAUCUGGAACAACAGGGAGUAAUAUUAUAAGAUCAGGAACUAGUUUACCCUCAUAUGGAGCAUCAGGGAACCCUGCAAUAUCACCUGGAAGAUCAGCAGCAACUGGACCACCUGUUGUAGGUUCAGAGACAUUUGGACCAGUAUCUGGAGCAAUAGGCACCACUCUUACAGGAUCUGGAGACAGUUUAACAUCAUUUGAAAGAACAGCCUCUACUAGAUCAAUUUCUGGAGGAUCAGGGAGAACUGGACUAUCAGUUGUACGUUCAGAGACAACUGUGCCUCUAUUUGAAGCAACAGGGACCACUGUUAUUGCAUCAAGAGCCAGCUUGCCAUCAGCUGAAAGAUCUGCCACCAGUAGUUCAAUACAUGCAGGGUCAGGGACAAGUGGACCAUAUAUUGUAGGUUCAGACACAAGUGCACCAUUAUCUAGAGCAACAGGGGCCACUGCUAUAGGAUUAGGAACUGGUUUACCAUCAGUUGAAGGAUCAGGGACCACUAGAUCAGUACCUGGAGGAUCAAGGACAACUGGACCACCUAGUGUAAGUUCAAAGACAAUUGCAUCUUUAUCUGGAGUAACAGGGACUAAUGUUAUAGAAUCAGGAACCAGUUUACCCUCAUCUGGAGCAUCAGGGACCCCUGGAUCAUUGCCUGGAGAAUCAUCAGCACCUGAACCACAUGGUGUAGGUUCAGAGACAACUGCACCAUUAUCUGUAGGAACAAGGACUACUAUUUAUGGAUUAGGAACCAUUUUACCCUCAUCAGUAACAUUGGCGAACCCUGGAUCAUUACCUGGUGGAUCACCAACCCCUGGAUCACCUGGUUCAAGUUCAGAGACAACUGCACCAUCAUCUGGAGCAAAAGCAACCACUGUUAUAGGAUUAGUAACCAGUUUACCAUUAGUUGAAGGAUCAGAAACCACUAGAUCAAUAUUUGGAGGAUCAGAGACAAGUGGACCAUCUGUUGUAGGUUCAGAGAAAACUGCACCAUUAUCUGGAGCUACAGGGACCACUGUUAUUUUGUCAAGAACAAGUUUGUCAUCAGUUGAAGCAUCAGCCACCACUAGUUCAACACCUGGAGGGUCAGGCACAAGUCGACCAUAUGUUGUAGGUUCAGAGACAAGUGCACCAUUAUCUGCAACAACAGGUACCACUGUUAUAGGAUCAGGAACCAGUGUACCCUCAUCUGUAGCAUCAGGGACUCCUGGAUCAUUGCCUGUAGGAUCAGCACCAACUGGACCACCUGGUGUAAGUUCAGAGACAACUGCACCAUUAUCUGGAGCAACAAGGACCAUGGUUAUAGGAAGAGGAACUAGUUUACCAUCAGUUGAAGGAUCAGUCACUACUAGAUCAAUACCUGGAGGAUCAGGAAGAGCUGGGUCAUCUUUUGUAGGUUCAGAGACAACUACACCAUUAUCUGGAGAAAUAGGGAUGACAGUUAUGGGAUCAGGGACAAGAUCAGGGAUAACUGGAUCCACAGUUGUACUGUUAGGAACAACUAGAAUCUCUAUUGUAAGUUCAGGGACAAUUGGAUCAUUAUCUGUACCAUCAGAGACAAGUGGAACAUCAAUUGAAAGAUCAGGAAAAACUCCUUCAUUAUCUGGAGUGACAGGAACCAAUAGAAUCUCUGUUGUAAAUUCAGGUAUAACUACACUAUCAUCUAGAGCAACACUGACCCCUGAAUCAUCGCCUGGAGGAUCUGUAUCAACUGAAUCACCUGAUGUAGGUUUAGAGACAACUGGAUCAUUAGCUGAAGCAUCAUCGACAACUGAAAUAUCAGCUGAAGAAUCAGGCAAAAGUGGAACUUUUGCAGGUACCAGGACAACUGGAUUAUCAGCUGGAAGUUCAGGGACAACUCGAUCAUCUAUUAUAGGAUCAGGAACAACAGGACCAGCAGUUGAAGUAUCAGGGACAGCUGGACCGUCAUCUGGAGGAUCAAGGACAACUAGAACAUCAAUUAAAGGAUUUGGAACAACUGGUUCAUUAGCUGGAGUUACAGGAACAGCUAUAAUCUAUGCUGAAAUUUCAGGGACAGCUGAACCAUUAUCUGGGGUGACUAGGACUCCUGUAUUAUCACCAGGAGGAUCAGCAUCAACUGGAACAAUUGUUGUAGGGUCAGGGACAAAGGGAUCAUCAGGUGGAGAUUUAUGGAGAACUGGACCAUCAACUGGGAAAACAGGAACCACUGGAUCAUCACCUGGAGAAUCAGUGUCAGGUGGUAUUUCUGCUGUAGGUUCAGGGACACCUGUACCAUUGCCUGGAAUCACAAGGACAGCGGGAGUUUCAGAGACCACUCGAUCAUCUGUUACAGGAUCUGAGACAACCAGACCUGCAGUUGAAGGAUUAGGGACAACUGGAUCAACAGCUGGACUGACUAUAACCACUAGGACAUCUGUUGUAGUUUCAGGGACAACUGGACCAUCAUCUGAAGUGACAAGGACAACAAUAACAUCUGGUGUAGUUUCAGGGACAAUAGGACCACCAUCUGGAGAAACAGAGACCACUGUUAUAGGAUCAGGAGCAAGUGGAUCAUCAGCUGAAGGAUCACAGACAAGUGGAUCAACACCUGGAAUGACAAGAACCACUGGAACAUUAAUUGUAGGUUCAGAGACAAGUGCACCAUUAUCUGGAGCAUCAGGGACAACUGGAUCAUCACUUGGCCUAACUGCCACAACUAGAUUCUCUGUCAUAGGCUCAGGGACAAAGGAACCAUCAACUAGAGAAUCAUGGACAACCAGCCCAGGAGAUGUAACUUCAUCAACCAUUGUAUUGUCAGCUGGUGCUUCAGGAACAACUAGGCCUGGAGUAACAGGGACAAGUAGACCAUCUUUUGUACGUUCAGAGACACCUAGUCCAUCAUCUGUAGAAACAGGGAUCACUGUUUUAGGAUCAGGGUCAAGUGGAUCAUCAGCUGAAGGGUCAGAGACAACUGGAUCAACAGCUGGACUGACUAUAACCACUAGGACAUCUGUUGUAGAUUCAGGGACAACUGGACCAUCAUCUGGAGUGACAGGGACAAAAAUAACGUCUGGUGUAGGUUCAGGGACAACUGGGCCACCAUCUGGAGAAAGAGGGACCACUGUUAUUGAAUCAGGAGCAAAGGGAUUAUCAGCUGAAGCAUCACGUACAACUGGAUCAGUAGGUGGACUAACAAUAACCACUAGAACAUCUGGUAUAGGUUCAGGGGCAAGUGCACUAUCAUCUGGAGUGACAAGGACAACAAUAACAUCCAGUGUAGGUUUAGGGACAACUGCAUCAUCAUCUGGAGAAACAGGGACCACUGUUGUUGAAUCAGGAACAAGUGGACCCUCAGGUGAAGGAUCAGGGACAACUGCAUCACCAGUUGGAUUGACAAGAACCACUAAAAUCUCUGUUGUAAGUUUAGGGACUACUGGACCAUCAUCUGGAGUGAUGUGGACAACACGAACAUCUAUUGUAGGUUCAGGGACAACUGGGUCAUCAACUGGAGUAUUAGAGACAAUUGAUACAUCAGCUGAAGGAUCGAAGACAACUAGACCAUCAACUGGAAGAUCAUGGACAACUGGGACACCAGUUGAAGGAUCUGGAACAACUGGAUCAUCAACUUUUACAACCACAAGGGCCAGGAGGACAACUUGGGGGCCAGGAAGUGAGGUUACCACAUAUGAAGGUGGAAUCAGUAGAUCAGUGGGAGCUACCAGAGGUGCUGGUAGUGGAGGCCCAGUCAGAGCAUCAAGCUUUGUAGGCACUUUUGUGGGGAACCAAGCAGGCUCAGAUAAUACAAUUCCACCAGAACCUGUUGUAGAGGCUACAACUUCCAGAGAAGGUACUGGUACUGCUGGAAUUGGAUUCCAGACAGGCACCACUGAAGUAGCCCCUGGCACAACUAUUGCCCCUGGCAAUUUCAACACAGAAGGAGAAAGUGAAACAACCAGAGUUGGAAUAGCCAAAGGUACUACUGAUAGAGUCUCUGGAAAAACUCUGGAACCUGGAAGUUACAACACAGAGGUCACCACUUCCAUGAGAAGAAGUGGGACCACCCAACCAGAACUUCCAGGAGGUAUCACCAUGGUUUUACCUGGAGCCAGCAGCAGUUCACAGAGUUCCAUGUCAGGUACUUCAGGAGAAUUCUCUAAUACAACCAUAUCUGGAAGUUCCCACACAGGCACCACUGGGGUAAUUCCUGGCACAACUGUUGCCCUUGGCAGUUCCAACACAGGCACAAUUGAGAGCAUCUCUGGCAAAACUCUGAGACCUGGAAGUGCCAACACAGAAGCCACCAGUUCCACAAGAGACAGUGAGACCACCCAAGGAGGACUACCAGGAGGCACCUCUGGCACACCAGGUGGAUAUAUCUCUGGAAGUAAAACAGGUAUCACUGGAGGAUUGUCUGGAACAACCAUUGCAUCUGAAAUUUCUAACACAGGUACCAGUAGUGUAGUCUCCAGCCCACCUAUUACAUCUGGAAAUUCCAGCACUGGUACCACAAGGGUAGCUUCUGGCACUACACUUGAACCUGGGAGUUCAAACACAGGGGGAUCUAGUAGCGAAGUCACGGGCAUUCAAACAGGUACUACUGGAGUGGAUCGUGGUAGUACCAUCUCACCUUGGAGUUCCAAAACAGGUACCACUAGUGUAGUCUCUGACACAACAGUUGCAUCUGGAAACUCUAACACAGGAGUCACUAGCAUAAUUUCAGGGAGCCAAUCUACUAGAAGCAAAAUGGGUACCACUGGGACAGGCUCUGGGACAUCCUCACCUGGAAGUUUCAAAACAGGCAAUAGCCUGGAAUCAGUAGGAGUCACCAGUAGCCAAGAAGGCACUGCUGUGAUAUCAAGCAAAAUUACUGGUGUCUCAGAAAGUUCCAGCCAAGUUACCUCCAAGGAAGCAUAUGAAACAACCAGUGCUCCUGUAAUCUCUACCACAGUCACUGCUUCCACAGGAGUCAAGGAAACCUCUGGAAUUGGAAUGCAAACAGGCUCCACCUCAGUGUCAAAUGGAAUCACAACAAGCCCCAAAGUAUCCUACCCAGAAACCACUGUAGUAGCAACAGGAGAUCAAGAAAAUGAAAAUAAAACAGGAUGUCCAGUAUCACUUCCACCACCUCCAGUUUGUCUUGGUCCACUGGGAGAAAAGAUGUCUCCUGGAGACAUAUGGACUGCCAAUUGCCACAGAUGCACCUGUACCAAUGCAAAGACCGUAGACUGUAAACCCAAGGAGUGUCCUUCUCCACCCACAUGCAAAACUGAAGAGAGGCUUGUAAAGCUCAAAGCUAACGAUACCUGCUGUGAAAUUGGGUACUGUGAACCAAGAACAUGUUUAUUUAACAAUACCGACUAUGAGGUUGGUGCUUCAUUUGGUGACCCCAGCAACCCAUGUGUCUCCUACUUCUGCCAGAGCACAGGUUUCGUUGCGGUGGUACAAGACUGCCCAAAGCAGACUUGGUGUGCAGAAGAACGCAGAGUCUAUGAUUCAAAUAACUGUUGCUAUACAUGUAAAACUAAUUGCAGACCUUCACCCAUGAAAGUGGCUGUUAACUACAAUGGUUGCAAGAAAAAAGUUAAGAUGGCAAGAUGUGUAGGGGAAUGCAAAAAGACUCUCAGGUAUGAUUAUGAUAACUUUCAGUUGAAAACUUCAUGCCUUUGCUGCCAAGAAGAAAACUAUGAGUUCAGAGAAAUUGUUCUUGACUGUCCUGAUGGCCGUACAAUGCCUUACAGAUACAGGCACAUCACGACGUGUUCCUGCUUAGACAUGUGCCAACAAUCUGUGACCUCAACAGUCAGUUAA